AUGGCUAUGACUUCCACCCCUUCUCGACGUCAAUCCUGUGAUCGGUGCCAUGGCCAGAAGUUGCGAUGCUCUCGUGCCGGGGACGACGAGACGGCCGCAUGCAUUCGCUGCCUCCGCCAAGGCGCUCAGUGCGUCUACAGCUCCAGCCUGCCCAAAGGUCGUCCGAGUAUGUAUCGCUCGAUAGAGACAGUCACCCGCAAUGUGUCCUCUCCGAUAUCCCCAUCCGCUAUCCGGAAGGCGCCAUCGCGUGCAAGGACGGCCUCGAAGUCAGAGGUCACCAUCAACAUCACUCCCUCGACCACAGCAGAAAUCACUCCUCCGAUCACAUCAGAGACGUCCGAUCUGGAAACCGCAUUGGCCCCGUAUCCUACCGACACAGGCAUGCCACCGAGUUCCGGGACCAAUCCCAGCUUCUUCCCCGACCCAAUUACAUCUAAACCGCCGCCAUCCGACUCGGCCGUGGCGAGGACGACCGAACAAGAGCCAGUCAUCCAAGUGCCAAUGGACGAGCCUGCACCCAUGUGGCUGGACCACGACAUGGACUGGAGCACAAGCAUGCUCGAUCUCGUCGGUCAGCAGAUGGACGCCAGCUUCGCGUUCCUCGAGACCCUUCCCGACAUGCUCCCCCCGAACAUUUGCGCAGACGCCAAUCUUGAGGCCGGGUUUCUGACCGCCAUGAACCCCCCCAAAGACAUGGUUGCCCGUCGGAACAGUGCGGACGCCAGGGUGUUGCAGCUGUCCCAGCUCAGCAAUCGCCUAUCGACGUUGCACCGGUGGAGCUGCAACGUCGCCGGCCACUAUCAGCCGGCCUUCCCAUGCAGCGUGCCCAACCAAGGGUGCCCACUGCCCCUGAUAAAUGAUCUGGCGUUCAAUUCAGUAGUGUCAUGGUUGAUACAAGCCUCUGCGGAUAUGAACCUGUUUUCCUGCCCGGAGCUCAAGGCCGAAUUCGUGGAGCCAUCCUCCAUGGACGACACGCUCCAUCAUGUCUUCUCGGCUUCGCACCAGUUCAUAGAGACCCUGCGCGACCUCCAGAGUGACGAUGCAAGCCGAAUGCAGAACCCUCCUCCGCAUCUCAUCGAGAUGGCAUUCUGCGCACGGACGGGCCCCACACCGUUCAUCGCGGCGCAGGAAAUUCCCCUGGUGACCCCGCAGGUGUUGGAAAACCCGUACUCCAGCAUUGCAGAGCGCCAUCUGGUGAUCGCAUGUCACACGCUGCUCCUCGAGAUCUACGUUAUUGUGUUCGGUUCACUACAACGUGAUAUCGACCACCGUCACUCUCAUAUGGACGCUGAUCCCGUGGAUCAGGAUCAAGCGGCGGGUGCCACGUUACUGACGGACAUGCGACUGGUCCUAGUGGUGCAGCUGUGCUCCUACCUGCUGGAGCGUCAACACCAAUCCGUGUCCAGCUACUUGCUACCAAAGCCGGAACCUGGCUGGCCGACACAGGUCGAUCUGUCCAACCCGUCAAAAUUCACGGCGAUCCAGGGUGUGAAUACCGGACCGGACUCCGAGGUUCAGCGUCGGUUGGAACGGCUUCGCGAAUCUUUACGAAUCUGA